GAUGGACGGUGAUCACUUGACAUUGCCAUGGGCUUCGUUCUCGACUUCCUAAAUGCGGAUAUUUCAUACGGCAGUUGUCUUCUCCUGAUGCCAGAAAGUACUUAAAGCAUGCACUUUUCUGUUAACAGAAUAAUAGUGUUAAAUCCUGGAAUCCGAAUAAAGCUUCAGCCCCACAAAAGGAGUGAUUCUCCCUUUCUUUUUCGCUCCUCGAGAUUAACAAAUUAAAGAUACAGUUUUAUCUUGGUCAAAAAAACAAAGAUAUGGUUCAAGCAUUUUUCUCCUUGGGUUAGCUACAAUAAAGUGCAGAACAUGCCACUUUGGAUGGAAUAACUUAGAUAACAUCAUUUUCUUUGUCUUCACUUUAUAAAAGCAAGACCCAUUGCGGCAUCUCGUGGUUCAAAGGUGAAAAAUGUGUUUGAUUUGGAGGUUGCAUCAUGUCAAAACAAGCAUAGCUUGAUGUAAAGCACCGGAAACUUGUACUAGACACUAAAAGAAAGAGCAUUUUAAGUGGCAAACUUCUGAAUUUUUGGAUUAAAUUACAUGGCCCUGCCCAUUACACAGUAGAUCAAUGGAAUGUCUCGAUCUUCACCUAUAACUUGAGUCUCUUACGCCAUGAGCCGGUUAGGAAGUGAUCAGUUCUUGCCGACUUCUGGUUUAUCCUUGGAAGAAGAUAUUCUGGUCAGGAAGCUGCUUCUCGUCCAUGAUCCAGAUGGCCGACAUCUUGACUCUGAGCUACUACUUCAAGCAAUAGAGGAUGUGAUGUGUUGUGCCACUUCUUCGGAAACGGUGUGUGAUAUCAAGGGAGAAGAUGAUAUCAGGCAAACUGGAGUUGUUGGGUCCCAAGAACCACUUGGAGUCAUCAUCCACAGAAUUUCAUCUGAGAUGGUUUGCCUGUGCUCCAGUCAAAAAAAUAUGUAUGCAAGGACACUAUAUCUAUUCGAUCUGCUGGGUUAUUAUACCUGGGAUGCAAAAGUAGUUUUGGUGCUGGCAGCUAUCAGUAUGAGCUAUGCUGAAUUUUGCCUCUUGAUUCAACUCUCGACUAGUAACCCAUUGGCAGAAUCAAUCACAAUGCUCAAGCGGCUACAACCCAACUCAAAGGCAUUCAAGCCUCGACUUAAAGCUCUAAGCUCAUUGAUUAUGAAGAUGUUGGAUAUGGCGAAAUACAUCUUUAAGUUUACAAACCUUUCAAUUUCACAUCUAAACCCAGAUAAAGAGGCCAUUGAGACUAUCAAGUCUAAUAUUUGUAUAACAGCCUUUUGGAUCAUCAGAAGCUCCUUGACAAGCUGUUCUCACAUGCACGAUUUGAUGACCAUAAAGCCAGGGUGUACAAGCUCAUCAGCAAUUGCAAUAUGGGAGCUUUCAAGUUUGGCCUAUACAUUGACCAAAAUAUACGAUCGCCUCAAGAGGCUUGUGGAUGGGUUGAUUCAACAACUAGAGGAAAAGGUGGAACAAAAGCUGGCCAGUCUCUUUCAGGAGACUCGUGGAGACAAUAAAGAGGCGCUUACGACGUUAUUUGUAUUGAAGGAUAAAUUCCCCCUCAAGGAAAAAUAUUCACAAGCAAAGGUUGGCAUUGCAGAACUUAUAGGCAAGGUGGUUGUGUUCCUGAUCUCGAAAUCAGAGUUCCCAUCACCAGAGGAAUGGCUCUUGCUCUUUCACCAAGCAAAUAAUCCCCCUCAGAACAAGACUUUAGAAGGAAACUAUGAAAUUGUGUGGGUACCCAUUUCAAGUUCCUGUACGUGGACAGAUUCUGAAGAAAGAAGCUUUGAAUAUUUAUCUAACUGCAUGCCAUGGUAUUCACUUCGGCAGCCACACUUGCUGAUCCCGGCAGUGGUAAAUUUUAUAAAGCAAUCAUGGAACUAUAAAGAGAAGCCCAUAAUGGUAGUGAUGGACGCCAAUGGGGCAAUAACAAAUUUAAAUGCAAUUGAUAUGUUGAGGAUCUGGGGUGUCAAAGCAUAUCCAUUUUCAUCUUCUAGAGAAGAAGAGCUUUGGGAGGCAGAGAGUUGGGGACUACAACUACUGUUUAAUGGAAUUGAUCAGCUUUUGACCUAUUGGAUCGAGCAAGGUAAAAAUGUCUGCAUUUAUGGGAGCAGCGACGCGAGAUGGAUCAAGGAAUUCCAUUCCAAGAUGGAGAUCAUAAGUGAAGGUGCGCAACUUGAGAUUGUAUAUGUGGGUAACAGGAGCCACCAUGUGCAAAUGAUGUACACACUGGCCAGCAUCCAACGACACCUCUCCCCAACAAAAAUCCGAUUCUUCUGGCUUCGGUUGGAGAGCAUGAGAAAGUCAAAACUCAGACUAGGAAAGGCGGUCAACACCGAUCAAACAUUACAACAGCUCUCGGCACUGCUUGAUUUCGAUGAGAACGACAAGGGCUGGGCAAUCUUCGGACAAGGGUCGUCUGCAGACACGAUAAGACUCGAUGGGAACAGAUUCAUGGAGUGCCUGGAUAAGUUCCCAAAAUGGGGCCAGAAUGUGGGGAAGUAUGUGGGGAAGUGGGGACUCUUGAAUGCCAUUAGAAUAGCUCUUGAGUCGGCUGCUCGUGACGGUCCAUGCAGCCACACAGACACCGUUCCUUUUGAGGAAGGGCUGGUGGAGAAGGUCCGGUUUUGUGCUAAGUGCAAGCGCCCGAUGACAAAUUUCGUAGUGUACGAAUGACAUGGAGUGCAAAACAUACUGCUCUUAUGUCUGAGAUGGAAUGACUAUAUAGCUGAGAACGUCACCAGUCAUCUGCCCACGGAGUUGCCAUGCAGUAGUAGCUAUGUUCUCUACAUGACUAAUGAUUUUCUAUCGCUGUUCCUCCAGCCUAAAUCAUUCUCUAUCUUUCCCUGUCUGAUUAGAUUAAAUCCUUUGGGGAAAUAAGAAAAGUUGAUUAUAGUUUAGAAACAUGGCUUAUUGAUGGGCCAAAUUCUCUUUAAAUUAUCAAUUUUCAAUGGUACUCAAAUUUUGGCUCCCAUUAA